GGAGCCCUCUCCGUCACGACCGGCUCCGCCUCUUGGCUCCAUUCAUUCGUUGUUUCUUUUUUUUUUUUUUUCUUUUCCAUUCACGGAGGUAGUGGAGGCCUAGUCUCGAGCCAUGGAGCGCGCUCUCCCUGCGGCCGGCUUCCUCUACUGGGUGGGCGCGAGCACCGUGGCCUACCUGGCCCUGCGGGCCUCAUACUCGCUCUUCAGGGCCUUCCAGGUGUGGUGCGUGGGCAACGAGGGCUGGGUCGGCCCGCGGCUCGGAGAAUGGGCAGUUGUUACAGGUGGCACUGAUGGAAUUGGAAAAUCAUAUGCAGAAGAGUUAGCAAAGCGUGGAAUGAAGAUUGUCCUAAUCAGCAGGUCCCAGGAUAAACUGAAUCAGGUUUCCAGUGCAAUCAAAGAAAAAUUCAAAGUGGAAACAAGAACCAUUGCUGUUGACUUUAUAUUGGAUGAUAUUUAUGAUAAAAUUAAGACAGGCCUGGCUGGUCUUGAAAUUGGCGUUUUAGUGAACAAUGUGGGCAUGUCAUACGAGUAUCCAGAAUACUUUUUGGAAAUUCCUGACUUGGACAAUACCAUCAAGAAACUGAUAAAUAUUAAUGUUCUUUCUGUUUGCAAGAUGACACGCUUGGUGCUGCCUGGCAUGGUAGAAAGAUCUAAAGGGGUGAUUCUCAACAUCUCCUCUGCCAGUGGCAUGCUCCCGGUUCCACUGUUGACCGUCUACUCUGCAACCAAGGCUUUUGUAGAUUUCUUCUCUCGGUGCCUCCAUGAGGAGUAUAAGAGCAAGGGCAUCUUUGUGCAGAGUGUCCUGCCAUACUUUGUAGCUACAAAACUGGCAAAAAUACGGAAGCCAACUUUGGAUAAGCCCUCUGCAGAGACAUUUGUGAAGUCUGCAAUUAAAACAGUAGGUUUGCAGUCUCGAACCACUGGCUAUGUGAUCCAUGCUCUCAUGGGUUCAAUAAACUCAAUCUUGCCUCGUUGGAUUUACUUUAAAAUAACCAUGGGUUUCAACAAGUCCUUGCGGACUCGCUAUCUGAAGAAAACCAAGAAGAACUAAGUGUUGAGUCAGUGAGCCCCUUGGCCAGAUGCUUGGACCUGUACACGUCCCCGGGUACCUGCCUGCCCCAGAGUCUCCAUUGUUGUUUCAGUAAUUACUAACAUGGCCAAAUGUUGGCAUAAUUGUAGGAAAACAGACUCCUUUUAGAGACUUUUAACAUAUAUUCUCAGUACAACCAGGAGUAAUUUGAAGUAAUUUGAAUGUAAAUGCUCUUGCCAGAAGUCUGAGAAUACUUUGACAGAAAGGAACAAAUCCCAGAAUGCCAAUGGUCACCUUGUACACUGUCUGGACCUACUAUAAAAUAUAAUGUCUAGCUACUUUUUUUGUUGUUGAACAUUAGAAGGAAUAGGGCUUAGCUGACUGGUUAUGGAUGGAUGCAAUGCAUUUACAUAGAUUAAGAUUUUCUAAAUGUAUGUUCCAGCGUAUGUAUUUAUAUGGAACCAUUCUUCUCAAAAGUAGCUAAUGACAUAAAGAGAAUCGAAAUACAGAGUUCUUUCUGACACAUGGCUCCACAAAUGUUAUCCUUGUAACACAUAUUAUGUCUUUUCUGUUCAAAUGUAUGUAAGUACCGAAUGCUGUAUAGUAUGAUUGAAAUGUAAAGUCAAGUGGACCAAAAUGUACGUCAAGACCAACAACAUCAAGUGGUACUACUGGGAUCCAGGAAAACAACCCAUGUGGACACCCUUUCUUUAUGUCUACAUGGCACCCUGACAUACUCCUUCUGUGGUAGUGAUGGGUCAUGGAAAUGACAUCAUUCUAAGUUGGUGUCCCAUUAGAAUUCAUAUAUAUGCUUUUAAUAAAAAGUGAUGUAACCAUGGUA